AUGGCCCCACCUCGCCAUCGCCUCCGCCUCCACCAUGGCCCCACUUCGCCAUCGCCUCCGCCUCCACCAUGGCCCCACUUCGCCAUCGCCUCCACCUCCACCAUGGCCCCACCUCGCCGUCGCCUCCGCCUCCACCAUGGCCCCACUUCACCAUCGCCUCCACCUCCACCAUGGCCCCACCUCGCCGUCGCCUCCGCCUCCACCAUGGCCCCACCUCCACCAUGGCCCCACUUCGCCAUCGCCUCCGCCUCCACCAUGGCCCCACCUCGCCAUGCCGCCAUAACUCCCCUCGCAUGCCCACGAGGCGUCGGUGAUGACGAGGUGCCUCACGUCGCUCUUCAUUCUCACCCCGAUGAUUUUUGCAUCCAGUGCUGA